CCCGCUCUCCUCCCUAAAACUCUCAAGAUCAAACUUCCUCAGAUAUUUGGCUCAGAGUCGCCUUGUGUUUGUGGAGUCACGCCGGAUUUGCGCGAUACUUUGGACCGCUAAUGGAGAGUGAACUGAGAACCUGACGAGUCUGUCACUGUGGUUUUUAUCCAAAGAUGGCCAGUUCUAACGUUUGCUACCAUGAUCAGCCCAUGGGCUUUUUCUACAACAACAGCAACAUAACCUCAGAUGAAUGGGACCAAACACAGCUCAUCCUGGUUCAGGUCGCUGGAUCCAUCUGCUGUUGCUUCAUCCUAGUGGCCAAUGCCAUGAUCAUUGCGGCGGUGGUGACAAACAGAAGGUUUCACUACCCCUUCUACUAUCUCCUCGCCAACCUUGCCGCCUCGGACUUUCUUGCCGGCAUCGCUUACGUGUAUCUCAUGUUCAAUACAGGGAAAAUAUCUCGUGAUCUCACUGUUCAAGGCUACUUCUUUCGGCAGGGUUUGCUGGACACAAGUCUCUCUGCAUCCCUGACCAACCUCCUGGUGAUCGCCCUCGAACGUUACAUCUCCAUCAUGAACUGGAAGGUUCACAGUAACCUCACCAAACGUCGGGUGACCCUGUUGAUUGCCCUUGUGUGGGGUAUAUCGAUAUUCAUGGGGGCCGUUCCUAGUUUGGGAUGGAACUGUAUCUGCACUCCGAACCUGUGCUCUAAACUGGCACCCAUCUUUAGCCGGAGCUACCUGAUCUUCUGGUCUGUGUCCAACCUGGUGCUCUUCCUCAUCAUGGUGGGCAUAUACUUGAGGAUUUACAUCUAUGUGAUGAGAAAGACUGUUGUCCUGAAGGCGCACACUUCUGGAUCUAUAAAUCGAAAGAGGACGCCUGUCAAGCUCAUCAAAACUGUGAUGACCGUACUUGGAGCGUUUGUGAUCUGUUGGACUCCUGGACUUGUGGUUCUGCUUCUGGAUGGACUCAAGUGCGAACAAUGCAAUGUCCUGAAAUUCAAACGCUGGCUGCUGCUCCUCGCCGUCCUCAACUCUGUCAUGAACCCGAUCAUCUACUCCUACAGAGACGAGGAAAUGUGGACCACCAUCAAGAACCUGAUGCGUUGCGUUUGCAGUGGGACGAGGCGGCAGAGGUCGUCCAAGGCCAACAUUCAACGUGGCUCUGGUCGGGAGACAACCAGUAGCCUGAAAGAGAAUACAGCAGAGGACAGCAAGGUCUCCACGCAGGAGAUGCUGAAGUCUUGAAGGUGGGCCGGACUCAUUUUUGACUCUGUGAAGACCAUUUUUAUCACCCUGAUGUGCCAUUGCUCCUGAACUCUCCUGAGGUGUGCUCUCAGAGACGAAAAGUUAGAGCAGAACUCAAAAGGAGUUUAAUGACAGUACAAAGCAAUGCACUCAUUUUUACCAUUUUCAGUGAUAGUCGCCCUCAUUAACGCCUGCGUGCAGCAUGUCUGAGCAUGUGCACUACCUGCCACACCACACAUCUCCCACAGCAAUGCACUUGUAAAGUUUCACUUUACCUCAUUAAUUCAGCUUUUGACCAUUUCUCAAGAUCCAAAACAGAUUUCAUUAGUACACUGUACUGUCGUAAAAUGUGUGUGAAUCUCUUAAUUAUUUUCUAAGUAUCCUGUACUGUUUAAAAUUAGUCUUUUUUUUUUUUUUAUCUUAAAAUGGAUAUGUAGUAUGUAGAUCAUAUGUAGACUUGAUGUAGAUAUUAAUGUAAGCAUUUGAAAGAUUUCAUAUGCAUUUCAUAGUCUUCAUGUGUGAGAAUAAUUUUUACUGUGUAUAGUCGAAUAUUAUAAUUAUAAUUAUGUAUUACAUGAUUAAGUGGUCAAUUAUGCCCAUGUAAAUACAUAUCGGUAUCGCUAAUUUGUUUUUGUGGUUUCAUGUGUAAAAGAUUCCCAUUAUUCAAUAUUACACAAUUCAAAUUCUAUAAAAUUUAGCUUAUUUCAUAUAUAUGCACUCACUCACUGUGAGGGGGAGAAAGUAAAACAAAAAAUUCUCUAAAUAUGAAAAAUUAAUUGGUCAUGUUAACGGUGCGUUUCCACUACAGUGUCAAAUCUGCGCUCAGUGUCGCUUGCAACGCUACAACGCCACUGCUUUGGGGCGUGUCAAAUUUAGGACAGAGCACGCCUCUAAAAAAGAUGUUUACACCCUGUUUGUGUUUCAUCUUUCUCUUUUCACAGCCAUUGGUUGUCGCCCAGGUUUUUUCACUCGAUAUUUGCAUAAAGUCGGAGGAAUGCUCAAACGUUUUGACGCUCUCGGCCGCUCUCCACGUUUUCUCUGCGCCGCUUUCAAUCCCAUAAUGCACGGCACAAGCGUUUAAGCUCAACUUCCAUAGGAAUCAAUUGAAAAUGCUCGCUCCGCCGUGCUCGCUACGUGCCAGUGGAAACGCACUGUAACUGCAGUUACAAUGUAAAUGAGAUUAUCUGUAUAUAUAUAUAUAUAUGUAAUUUCAUUGUGUUCUUGAACUAAAAUACAAUGAUAUUUAAGAAAAAUUAAACAUGUUUUUUUGUAUGAUUUUUAUGGAAGUUUUUUUUGUUGUUACUUUUUUACUAAAUUGUGACUGUAUUUCACAGAGCAGUGUGCUAUUGUAACUAAAACUAACUAUACAAAUAUUUUUCACUAAUUAAAAUAAAGCUGAACUAAAAUAAAAUAUUAGAUAAAAACAUAAACUUAACCCUAAAUGAAAAUUAGAGUGGGCCUACUAAAACUGAAAUAGAAAGUAAUUUAAGCUAAAUAGAAAUAUCUAAUAUAAACAAUGCUGCUAAAUUAAACAAAAUGACUAAAACUUAAACUAAACUGAAAAUAACAAAAAUAAAAUCAAUUUCAACACUGGUUGAGGCAUCAGAUUUCAAAAUGUAACUACUUCCUUUUUUCCUGAGGCUAAAAAACGACAUUUCAUAGCUUAACUUGAUAAAAAUUUAAGUAAAUUCCUUAUUCCUCUGGUUAACAUCAUUGGAUCCUUAUCUAAAUUUUCAUCCUAACAACCCCUCCCAAUGUGCUUUAAGCUCGUAGGCUGAAAUCUAAACUGCUAGGUCAGGGGUAGCCUACAGAAUAAACCCUUUCUUCAGGUUUUGAAAAGGGCGAGAUAUUCCCCGUCUUGUGCAAUUCUGAUGCAACAAGCUGCUGCAGAUCGCCUCACCUGAGCUCCAGUCAUGCUCCUGGAGUUGCGACACUGCUUAAUUACAGCAUGACGAAACUACAACCGUGCUUCAGAUUGUAUAUCCUGGGAAACCAGCUUUUCCUGUUGAUACUUGGGCAAAAACGUUCUCAAUGGCCACCUGCAGGUCCUCAUGUUGGGUGUAGAGAGUGUCACGUAUUCCAGCAUAAACAGGAUGAUUUAUUCUUCCAGUGUGGGCACUGAUUUCAUAAAGAUAAACCACAUUGGAAUCAUGUCACUUUGCUACCAUAAACAGGAAAUGUACACAAGGUCUAUCCUGAGGCUUUUGUUUUAUACGCGAUGCGAUAAGAUUCCAGCAAUUCCAGUAAUUUGUCUGUCCACAUGAGAUGCGACAAAAUCAAUCAAAAAUCACAGCCAAUCAGAGGAGCGUGUGGGCGAAGUCUUCCUCUGAGAGCGUGCUUCACUCGCAAUGAAAUUGGAUUAAUCAAAUUCAUAAAUAUUAAUCCAUUUUAACAUUAUUAAAAAUACACAUGGAGUGGCUGAUACAAUCUGAAUACACAUUUUUUUUUGUUCACAUUGCAUUCACAGUUUGAACGUUUAAGUUUCUUCCUUUAUUUUCAAGAUACGAGAUAAAUUAAUCGUUUUCAGUUGGGCUAUAAAGACUGCACAAAAUGAUAUUCAGACUUACAUUAGAGAAAUUUGACAUUAAAUAAAAGCAAUCAGUAUCUGGCUGAGAUUGGCAUUGUUUGUAUGCAAGCUGUUAUUCCAGCCGCGUUGUCGCAGAAAUGUAAUUUCUGAAUCGCUCGUUGCAAACCUAGCCCUUACAAAAAUUAGCCAUGGUUUUAUUGUAGCAAAAGUGUAGUAACCAUGGUUUUUUGGCUUAUUGAUUUCCAUUUGUAUAACCACAGUAUUACUACAAAUACCAUAGUUAAAUAUGGUUAGCUGUAAAAAAAUAAAAAAAGUUGAGCGAACUUAAAAUUUUUUUUACCAGCUUCAGCAGAUUUUUGAGUUUGUUGUAUAAACUUAAAAUGACAAGUUGAGAUAACUCAAAAAUCUGCUGAAGCUGGUUGCCUUAAUUUUAAGUUGGCUCAACUUUUUUUUUUUUUUUACAGUGUGGUUAAUUUGUGGUUACCAAGGUUUAAGUAUAGUAACCAUGGUUUUUUUGGAAAAGGUGCUUUUAUCGCAUGUUGCUGAAGUAAGUUGCUGAAUGUUGCUGAAGUAACAGCACUGAAAUGUAUGAAAAGCAACCAAAUAAGUUUACAUUUAAACGUGCCCCCUUCGAUGAUGAACUGUUUUUGCCCAUACAGUGAAAGUCAGUGGAGUCCAAUUUGGCCGGUCCAGUUGAGCCGCAUCUUCUGCAGAAUGUUUGUCGUCAUCCACCCUAGUGCUACUCAUGAAACUCGAAUGAUUUUUUUCAUGAAAUAUAAAGAGUUAUCAGAAAGUGAAAACUGUUCUUUUAAUCAAAAUGCAGUCACAAUUUUGUUUAAAGUACAUAGUUAAUCAUGUUUUAAAGUCCAUUUGCUUGUUAAAAAAAAAGUACUAUAAUGUUUCACAAUUGGAUUUGUUUUUAUAUAAUUUGCAUUCAAAAAUUGUUAUUCAAAGACAUUUUUUCAAAGGAUUCAGUGAGAGUCUAGUUUAUCAAAGCUGCAUUUAUUUGAUCAAAUGUAAAGUAAAACAGUGCUAAAAAUGCAGCUUAAUAUUUUUUGUGGAAAAUGUGCAUUUUUUUCUUAUAUUUCACAUUAUAUCUGAAAUAAAAUAAAGGGUCAUUAUAUCCAUUUUGAUCAAUGUAAUGCAUUCUUGCUCAAUAAAAAAAAAAAAAAAACUGACCCCAGACUUUCCAACGAUACUGUCGAUGCUGUCAUUUUUUUGUAUGGCUGCACUAUAAUUUAGUGAAUAAAAAAUGAAAAUAAAAAAAAAC